GAUCUGAAAGACAGACUGACAAUAGCGGAAGCUAGAGCUGAGGAUGCUGAAUCAAAAUGUAAACAAGUAGAUCAAAACAAUAAGGAACUUACUGAUGAGUUGGAGCCUUUCAAAGCAAAGGGUUUCACUGCAGAGAAGUUGGAAUCAGUUGAGAAACGCUUAAGAGAUUCAGAUAUUCAGCUAAAACAUGCAAUAGCAG